UAUUAUAUAUGAUAUAUAUCAUAUAACAUUAUAUAUGAUAUAUAUAUUGCUAAGGAGGGUAAUUUGGGUGGUGAAGGUGGUAAAAACCGACUUAAGUAAUGACCGAGGGUGCCCAGCCCUUCUAACUAUAGCACAGCACAACCUGAUCCCAAAGCACAGCUCUCUACAAGGCGUAAAUGUCAAAUCACAUCCCAGUUCUAACUUACCAGCUUGGGAUGGGGGCGGGGAGGGCAGGGCGUACAGUUUCUUUUCUCGACCUCACAGCCUUCCCUCCCACCCUUCCUGUUUGUGAUUUAAUGUUUGCUAACGACUUCCUCAUCUAGGACAACACCUUGCUUUUCUACUGACACUAGAUCAAAAGUAUUCAAGGAAUUAUUUAAUUCGUUAAUUUGGAAAUCUUUGUUUACAUUCUGUCUAGAUCUGCUUUUGCUUAUGGGCCACCCUUGCCCUCACUCCCACUCCCCCCCCCCUCCACCUCUAUGAUAGAUUUGUGAAAAAGUCCUCUCUCUUCCUUCACUACAGAUUCCACUCUUGCUUUUUCUUCUGUUUUUGUUUUUUUUUUUCAGGGAUGUCCACUGAGAGGAAGCACCUCUUGAUUUAGCUAUAUUGGAUCUGGAACAGAAGUAACUAUUGAUCCAGUGAGGGCUUGAACUCUGGAUCUGCCCACUCUUCAGCUUAAGAAGCGUGUUUUGAAGUUAUGGCUGAUGAGCAGAAUCCCCAAAUGCCAACUGAUGGUUCAGAACAACUCUUCUCCUUUGGAGUUAUAGCAGAUAUCCAGUAUGCGGAUUUAGAAGAUGGAUACAAUUUCCAUAGAAGCAGGCGGAGGUAUUAUAGACAUAGUCUUCUUCACUUACAGGGUGCCAUUGAAGACUGGAAUAAAGAAAGCAAGACACUCUGCUGUGUCCUCCAGCUUGGAGAUAUCAUCGAUGGCUAUAAUGCAAAGUAUAAAGCAUCAGAAAAGUCUCUGGAACUUGUCAUGGACACGUUCAAAGUACUCAAAGUCCCAGUUCAUCACACAUGGGGGAACCAUGAAUUCUAUAACUUCAGUAGAGACUACUUAACAAACUCUAAACUUAACACAAAGUUCCUAGAAGACCAGAUUGUACAUCAUCCUGAGACCAUCCCUUCAGAGGAUUAUUACGCUUAUCAUUUUGUACCAUUCCCCAAAUUCCGGUUCAUUUUACUCGAUGCUUAUGACUUGAGUGUCUUGGGCAUCGAUCCAUCCUCUCCAAAAUACCAGCAGGGUAUGAAGAUACUGAGGGAGCACAAUCCCAAUGAGGAGUUGAAUAGUCCUCAAGGACUUUCUGAGCCCCAGUUUGUCCAGUAUAAUGGAGGAUUCAGCCAAGAACAGCUCUGCUGGUUGAAUGAAGUUCUUACAUUCUCUGACACAAACCAAGAAAAGGUGGUGAUUGUGAGCCAUCUCCCCAUUUACCCAGAGGCUUCCGACAGUGUGUGCCUAGCCUGGAACUAUACAGAUGCUCUAGCGGUCAUUUGGGCUCACAAGUGUGUGGUGUGUUUCUUUGCUGGCCACACACAUGAUGGUGGCUACUCAGAGGAUCCUUUUGGUGUACACCACGUUAACCUGGAAGGAGUUAUUGAAACAGCUCCAGACAGCCAGGCGUUCGGCACAGUUCACGUCUAUCCUGACAAAAUGAUGCUGAAAGGAAGAGGCAGAAUUCCAGACAGAAUUAUGAAUUACAAGAAGGAAGAAGCUUCCCAUUCAUAGUCUGAUCUAUCUUGUUUGACUUUGUGAAAACAAUGACUUUAAUACGUGUUUAUCCCUACCACACCAAAAGGAAAAUGGAAAUAAAAAUUCUCAAUCCCAUUAGGA